AUGUCAAGCCGAAGAAAGUCGUCGAAGCCCUGCAUGGUCCGUACAACCAGUUCAACUACAGGAGACUCUGUGGAAAUGGAUCUUUCAGCUGAAUCUCUGCUGGACAGAUGUUCACCUGUGCCUCCCCCUGCAGACAAACACUGGGCAUCAUUGAGAGACGAGAAAGAGAAACCGAUGGAUGAGGGGUCUAAAUCUGAGCAGGGUUCCUUCUACACCCACAGCCUCAAUGACUUCAGAGAGCAUGAAGACUCACCUCAGUCUGAAUGUCCACUCAAUACCAUCUACCUGUGUACCACCAGCAAGUUCAAUAUCAAAACCUUUGACUCCCUUUCAUACCAUAAUAAAUUAAAGCACCCAGGUGAGGGCCAUGUCAAGUUCAAGAAGAUCAAACUGGAUAGCCAGACCAUCCUGGAGCAAACCGCUGAGGGCAAGAAUGAAUCUGUCUCUCGGAAACCUUUUGACACUACAUUUGACUUACAGUUGGAUCCGUCAAGCAGUUCAGCUGCUGAAGACAUAGGAAAGAUUCCAAUGGACAACAGCAAAAGUUUGGAGAAAGAACUAGAGGUGGAGAAUGAGCUAGAUGGUCCUGUGUUGAAUGAUGAGAUCAGAGCAGUGAGUGUAAAUGGCACAAUCAUUAUUCCAGAGCCCAUGUCUCACGUCACACCUCUGCUGCAACGGCCACCAAAUCUCAGCACCACUCCGACAAUCGCAGUUCCUCUUCACAGCAGCAAGUAUAACCCCAUACUAGACAGCAACACCACCCUGAUCACAUCCUUUAACAGAUUCCCAUAUCCAACCCACGCAGAGCUCUCUUGGCUCACCGCAGCCUCGAAACACCAUGAGGAGCAAAUCAAGAUUUGGUUCACGACCCAGCGUCUGAAGCAGGGCAUCACCUGGUCACCUGAAGAGGUGGAAGAAGCCCGUAAGAAGAUGUUCAAUGGCAGUAUGACACCUGGUCACCAGACCUACACUGAUUUGCCUUCUGUUAGUGAACCAGUUAUACCUAGCCAGCCAAUUGCACAAAAUGGUCAACAACUACUUGGACAGGCCAGUCUUUCAUCAAACAGCACAGCUAAUGCAUCAACAGUUACUUGCCAACCUGUCACUGCAACAGCAGUCAAUCAUACACCAGUUCUAAAACGCUCUUUAGGAACUCUGUUGUCUUCAGAGGUCAAAUGCCCUGUGGUCCCACAAACUGCAGACCCCAAAGAAAGUCUAAGCAUGCCUCCUCCACUACCUCCACCACCAGAAAGACUCUCAAUAGCAGAGAUGAAGAGACCCAUUGUUGCACCUUUUGUCCCACCCCGAGGGAAAUUGCAGAUGGUUCUUCCACUGGUUCCAUAUAAAGAGAAGGAACCUGUGGCACUUCCCUCAUUGUUGCCCAAAGAAAGGCUCCCUUUGUCACCAAUAGUUUCCACAAAUCUAAAAAGAUCUAUAGAUCAUAAGCUAAUUGAUAAUCAUAUUUUAACUUCCUCUUCUGGUCCUAAAAACAAGUUAUCAUUCUUGGUUAAUGAUGUAAACAUGCCCUUGCCACCUGCUGUGAUGGUUCCACAAGUAAACAGGCCAACAUUUAUUCAGACUCCAUUCGCCCCGCCAGCUGUCCCACCUCUAUCCUCUGCCCCUACACCAAUUCAUGAGUGUAAGUCUUCCAAACCAUCAUCUGCACCAGUGACCCCAUGCUCCAACAGUCAGAAUGCCAAUGGAAUCCCCAAUGGAGUUGCUAAGAAUUGGUUUUUUGAUCAAAACACCCAGAAUAAUUCCCAACCCUCGAGUGAACUUACUCUUAGGGAGCAUCCUGUUCCCACUCACUUUCCUCUACUUGAGAGAGUGAAGGGUAAAAGUCCUGGACAGAUGAAGCUUCUAGAGGAGAGUUUUCAGAGGAACAGUCUCACAUCCUAUAAUGAGGUUGACCACCUCAUGAUCACCACCAGACUGUCCAGAGAGGAAAUUGAGAGCUGGUUCCUGGAGCGCAGAGCACUUCGGGAUGAUAUGGAGCAAGCUCUGCUGAACUCUAUGGGCUCUAAAAGGUGUCCGCAACAGUCCCGGCAGGCUCUCGUGAAUGAAGAUCACAGACAUGCUGGCACCUUUCCCUUCACCCCUGUGCCUCUGGACACCAAGUCCACAAACCUUAUCAAAAAUGUCUUUGUCCAAACCUGCUGGCCUUCACCUGCAGAGCUCGGACACCUGGAAGUACAGAAGGGCUUGUCUCACACAGACCUUGUCCAUUGGUUCAGAGAUAAUCAGAUGGCCCAGCAGAGUGGAAUACUGGAAAAGAAGAUGUUGUUUGGAGAGCAGAAUAACACCUCAAAGCAGCCGAGCCAGAAGGAGCAACUGCUUAGAGAUGAGACCACCAAACCUAACAACCCAGAGAUUGAAGACUGGUUCACCAACAUGCUUAGGCAGCGCUGGCCAGACACGGGCAACAAUGUGGGACUGAUUGGUGGAGGCUGGGAGGGUAAUGCUUUGGGGAUUGGAGCCAGAUCACAUCAGCUGGUCUCAGACACAGAUUAGCUGACAAAAGAAGAGGGAAAUUGGAUGAGAAGUGCUGCACAUAGAAGGACAAGACGUUCAGUAUGAACACUUUACAAUGAACACUUCUGCUUCUCUAUUCACACGAGCACACCGCCUUUACCAACCCAUCAGACGCGCAUGAGAACGUCGAGUGGGAGCGUUGUUAGAACGUUGUGUGAGUGUUGUUUGUAUGUUUCGCACUGAGACGUCUGUGUGCUGAAGCUGGAGUCACUAUGUAACUAUACUUUAAAGGAUUGUGUAAAUGUAUUUUUGCUGCACAUUGUCUGAAGAUUUGUAUGAUGUUAUGGGAACUUUUAUAAUGGGAGCUAGGUGUUGGUGUGUUUUCUUAGUGGACAUGUUGUACAUUUUUUAACAUGACACUAUACAGUUUGUUGAAGGACAGAAAACAAUCAUUAAGUGCUUUAAUAUUGUCUAUACAUUACCGAACACAGCCCAUCUUAUGAUUCCUCUCCUACAACAUGAUAUUUUAUUGACAAUCAAUGCAGAAUCACCGCACACAUAUGGACUCGAGAUGAUUAACGUGCUUGAUUCCACUGUUAAACACACACACACACACACACACACACAUCAGUGUUGUCUUGGUCAGAAUACUCACUCGUAAUGAACUGUUAUAUAUACACUAGUUAUUCAUCUCUGUGUAAUGCUAACGCGCUCUUCACCCACAGACCGCCGCUGUCUGCUGGAAUCCAAUAAAACACAACCAGAUUAAAGAAAGUGUCUGUGAGAUGUUGCUUCUAUAGUUCACAUGAAUUUCACUCUUUGUUU